GUGUUUGUUCUUUUAGAUACAUUGAUUACCGUAUUAUAUUUCUUAGUUUAUAUCCGUUUAUCGCCGACCUACAAUGACAAAGCGUAGUACACGUUGUUAUGUGCAUUUUGCCGUCGCGUAUCAAACAAAAUUUUUUACAAAUUAUAAAGUGUUAAGUGGUCAAUAAAAUCAAUUUGUAAUAAAUAAUUAAAAGCAGAAGAUUCGCAUUCAGUGGAGAAUUAAAGAAAUAUUUUACCGUUUUCAAAAACUUUUGCGUGUAUGAUAUAUAAAUCUUACAUUAACGGCGCUGGUAAUGGCUCUUAAUAGAAGAUAUUCAUUCUAAACCCUUGAUUGAGCUGUCUAAAUUCAAUUGAAGUGCUAUGAGAAAUCAAAAAAAAAUGACGUGCAUGUAUACGUACGUACGCGAACGGCAAAUGUGGUCAUCCGUUGCACAAAUAAAUUUAAAAGAUGUAGUAUGAAAGUUGUUGACUUUGUAAAAAAUUAGACAUAAAGAAGACUACGAGAAGUAUAAAUUUACCAAAAACAUAAAAUACCAAUGCAGAAACAUAGUUACACGUAAAAAUAAAGAUAAUAAUCGGUGCUAAUAUCUGCGAAACACAGUGUGUGCAAUUAAUAUAAAAGAAAACUUUUAUAUAAUGAAAAAGUUCUAAAAACUGUAGUCAUUACAAUCAUAUUUCGUGCGCUAAAGUUCGUAAAACUUGACUCAUUUUAGAAGGCUACAUUGAAUUUAUGUUUUAGUAAUUUCGCAAGCCAUACAAUUGUAAUGUAAUGAGAUACGACGUUCAAGAGUUGCUUUAUCAGUCUGCUGAGGAUCCAUUCAUAAGGUUCGCAAAUGGGAUGGCAUAUCAUCCAUUUCUGCAACUAUCCCGACCCACUGACUUCAGCGUGUCUUCGCUGUUGACGGCGGGAAAUCAAUCAACGUCAUCUGGUGGCGACACCAGCGAUGCCACAUUGACUGCAGCUUCAUCUCCAGAACAUCAAUUACACCAGUCAACACCUGUUGCAAAUCAUCAGCAAUUAGUUCAACAACUGAACAGUCCCGGCGGUCAAUCUUCGCCUAUUAGUGGUCAACAGGCAUCACAUUUGUCACCUAGAAAAAAAAAUAGCAGCAACGAAUCUGGUUGUUCGGGCGGAAAGACAACUAGCUCAAAUAUAAAUACUGAUAGCGAUACAAACAGUGCCAAUAACAACAGCAACUUACCGACGGCACCUGUGGCUGCUGCACAUCCAGUAGCAUCUGCAAUUGCUGCUCAUUCUUUACCUCAUCCCACGUCACAUACACAACAUCCAACGCAUCCUCAUCAUUCACCUGUGCCUGGUCAUCCAGCCCUUGGACCUCAUUUACCACAACAGUCUCCAUAUUUUCCAGCUGCUGCACUUGCAGCUUUAGCUGGCAGUCCAGCUGGUCCCCAUUCUGGCCUCUAUCCAGGAACAUUAAGGUUUCCAUCCCAUCAUCCUCACGCUCAUCACGCAUUAGGAACUCCUUAUACAACCGCAGAAGACGUUGUACUGGCAUCUGCUGUGGCACAUCAGCUACAUCCUGCCAUGCGUCCUUUGCGAGCUCUACAACCAGAGGACGAUGGGGUCGUCGAUGAUCCAAAAGUAACACUGGAAGGCAAGGAACUGUGGGAGAAAUUUCAUAAGCUUGGCACAGAGAUGGUGAUUACUAAAAGCGGACGGUAA